CUAUGUCUUCAAUGAACUUAUCCUCUAUCAAGAAAGACAUCAUGUACCUACCGAGGUAGAGAGACAACACAGCCAAAACGAAUACGACGAUGUGGAGGUCCCAAGAAAAAAGAGAAGGUUCCUAGCACGAGAGUGGAUCUGAAUCCUCUCCACCAUGACUCUGCAACCUGACUCUGGUCCAAUGUCUACCUGAAAGCCUCUCCAGGUAAAAUCAAGCUUUAAAAAGACAAGAUGGAUCCUCAUUUGGUGAGCAUGUUUGUCAUAGCUGGAGGAACGUUGGCCAUCCCCAUCCUUGCCUUUGUGGCUUCAUUUUUCCUGUGGCCCUCGGUGCUGAUCAGAAUCUAUUACUGGUACUGGCGUCGGACCCUGGGCUUGAAGGUUCGCUAUGUCAACUAUGAAGAUUACCAGUUCUGCUAUACCUACCGGGGCCGGCCCGGAACCAAGCCUUCCCUCCUGAUGCUGCACGGCUUCUCUGCCCAUAAAGACAUGUGGCUCAGUGUGAUCAAGUUCCUUCCAAAGAACCUUCAUUUGAUCUGUGUCGACAUGCCUGGCCAUGAGGGAACCACCCGCUCCUCCUUGGAUGACUUAUCGAUAGAUGGACAAGUCAAAAGGAUACACCAGUUUGUGGAAAGCAUCAAGCUGAACAGGAAGCCUUUCCACCUGGUGGGCACUUCCAUGGGGGGCCACGUUGCAGGAGUGUAUGCUGCCUAUUAUCCAUCGGAUGUCUGCAGUCUGACAUUGGUGUGUCCUGCUGGCCUCCACAUCACCACUGAGAACGCUUUUGUGCAGCAGCUCAAGGUGCUGCAAGAAAUGUCUGCUGUGGAGAAGAUCCCCUUAAUCCCGUCGACCCCAGAAGAAAUGGCCAACAUGCUGAAGCUCUGCUCCUACGUCCGCUUCAAAGUCCCACACCAGCUUCUACAGGGCCUUGUUGAUGUUCGCAUUCCACACAAUGACUUCUACCGAAAGCUGUUUUUGGAAAUCGUAAAUGAAAAGUCAAGAUACUUACUCCAGGAAAACAUGGAGAAGAUCCAAGUUCCAACACAGGUCAUCUGGGGAAAGCAAGAUCAGGUCCUGGAUGUGUCUGGAGCCGACUUGUUGGCCAAGGGAAUCUCCAACUGUCAGGUGGAACUUCUGGAGAACUGUGGCCACUCGGUGGUGAUGGAACGGCCCCGAAAGGCAGCCAAGCUCAUCGUGGAGUUCUUAUCUUCCAUGCACAACGCAGCCAGCAACAAGAAGCAGGACUGAGCUUCUUUUGGGAUCCAGCCCUGCCCUCGUAUCUGCUCAAAUUUCAGAAAUCUGAUGCUCUGUUCGCUUCUCAGGGAUCCUGUACCCAACACACAGGUGAAGUGCCAAAGUCCCUGUGGAAACCAGAAUCAUGUUCACUUUCUAAAUCGUUAG